UUUCGUUUCGUUCCUUCAUGCCCGUCUGAUCGAUUCUCAUCACUUCACUGCCACUCCAAAUUACCGAUCCGUUUUAUACGAAAUACUGUAUAUACUAUUACCAGUACUUCCGUAUAUAAUAGCUGCAUUGUAUUCCCUCCCUGUUUUUUCGUCCAUUUUGAAUCAUCCAUCCAUGAAUCGAUCCAUCCAUCCAUUCUUGGACUAGUUUGAAUUCGAUUUUCGAAUCGAAAAAAAAAACACACACACACACAACCGAAUGCGAACUGCUCGGGCUUCUGUUGCGCACACAGUUUCUCUCCUACACGAGUCUAUAGUGGGAGUAGUAUCUCUAGGCGUUUCAUUGCCUCCGCUGGGGAGGAGCAGGCACGCUGCACCUGCACGCAACAGAGGACGGCGAGAAAGCAACACCUCGCUUCGUUCUCUGAUCGACAUUUUUUUGCCGGGAGGAGAAGAGAGGAGAGUCGGCAGCGGGAACCCCAGCGGUUCGUUGGAUGGAAGGCUGUAAUGGCCACAACAGCAGCGGCAGCAGGAGCCUUGAGAGGGCGAUAUCCAGGAAGGCGAUGCAGGCUGGGAGCUCUGCUCCCUGUAAAACCUGGCUCAUCGGCUUCUUCUGCGGCGUCUGCAUCACAUGCCUCUUUGGUGUAGUCGCUCUACCUCCGCUUCGGGUCAUUCAGAGCCAGUCGGUCUAUCCGCUGCCGCUGCGCCGAGCGAUCCUCUCGAAUUUUACAUUCACCCAGCCUGCUGAUGGGGCAGCAGCAGCAACAGAUGAGUUGCCUUCUGCACCAGAGAAGAUGGAACAACAAAAGGAAAACGAGAACAUCACUGAAGAUGCUAGGAUAAUGUACCUGUACAAUGAAUGGAGCACUUUGCUCAGCACUGGCAGAGAUGAAGUCACGAAAAGUUCAGAUGGGAUCUCUAAUAAAGAUUCAGACUUGCCACGGCCACCUCAUCUGGAGGACUGCAGGACUAACGCAGAAAGAAAUAAACUAUUUGACAGUUAUGGCGAUAAUGGUACAUUUCCGCCUUGGACGUUAUGGAAAGGGUCACUUGGGCUUGAGUUCCUGAGUCACAAGUAUUCAGAACAUGCAGAUCAGCAUACACUCUAUCCUCCCUGGAUUGUAGGAUCUGAUGAGGAGAACUAUCCAUUGACCAGACAAGUGCAGAGAGAUAUAUGGACUCAUCAGCACCCUCGAAACUGCAGCGAUCCAGGCUUACGGUUUCUGGUUGCAGACUGGGAGAGGCUGCCUGGAUUCGGUAUUGGCGCGCAGAUCGCUGGAAUGUCAGGACUUCUUGCUAUUGCCAUGAAAGAGAAGAGGAUACUGGUUACAAACCACUACAACCGUGCUGAUCACGAUGGUUGCAAAGGUGCCUCAAGAUCUAGUUGGUCUUGCUACUUUUUUCCUGAGACAUCUCCGGACUGCCGCAACCGGGCUUUUGAGCUCGUGCAAAGCAAAGCCUCUUGGGCUGAUGGUACUGUAAAAGUGAAGGAGAACUAUACCUCAAAGCAAAUAUGGCUUGGACGCAUACCUAGGGUGUGGGGGAAACCUUGGAAAUAUUUGCAACCGACGACAGUGAUAAAUGGUAAAUUGAUUACAAAUCAUCGUAAAAUGAACAGGAGAUGGUGGGUAGCACAGGCGACAAGGUAUCUAAUGAGAUUCCCGACGGAGUACAUGUGUGGAUUACUCAAUGUCGCUAGGCACUCUGCAUUCGGUUUACAAGCAGCAAAGUUGGUUCUUCAAAGUAUUCAGGAUGACUCACCAAAGGUUGGCACUACUAGAACCAAAUCUGAUAUUGAACGUCUUGUGUGGUCAGACCACAAACCAUAUCUACCACAGCCUCUUCUCAGCAUGCAUAUAAGAAUGGGAGACAAAGCUUGUGAAAUGGUGGUGGUUGGCUUUGAGGAAUACAUGGAAUUGGCAGGCAACCUGCGCAAACGGUUUCCAAGUCUCAAGAACAUCUGGCUUUCCACUGAAAUGCAGGAAGUUAUUGACAAAACAAAACUUUACCCACAUUGGAGUUUUCACUUCACAAGUGUGGCACGCCAAGGUAGCAAUAUGACCAUGGCAAUGUAUGAGGCCAGUUUGGGCCGUGAGACUAGCACAAACUACCCCCUUGUCAAUUUCAUGAUGGCAACCGAAGCAGAUUUCUUCAUUGGAGCCCUAGGAUCAACCUGGUGCUAUCUCAUCGACGGAAUGAGAAACACUGGAGGGAAGGUAAUGUCUGGUUACCUAUCGGUGAACAAGGACCGGUUCUGGUAAGCAAUUCAAAGGCCGCUUGCGUCACCGAUCAUCUUGUAGCUCCACUAAAUAGAGUUGUGACCUAGUUUUCUUGUGUAUGUACAACAGUAGCAUGAUGCUACCUUCUCAGAAUCUGAGAAGACACCUUUACCAUGAAACUUCAUGACUAAGUAGGAGAGCGGUACCUUGUUAUAUCAAAUCAGGUCCAUAUCUUUUGAUCUGGUGUCCACUAAGAGCUAGCUCGAUAUGUUAUCUCUUCUCUUGGUCCAACUUAUCGUGAAAAGAGGAUGCACCUACUCUA